UUUUGUGAAAUUGGGUGAAACAGAUAUGGGUUCAAUGUUAAAGCAGAUACUAAAGAAUCUUUGUUGCAGUAAUGGGUGGUCUUACGGUGUUUUUUGGCGCUUUGAUCAGAGAAAUUCCAUGUUGUUAACAAUGGAAGAUGCCUACUCCGAAGAGCAAAUGGGACCAUUGGUUGACAGUAUGCUUCUAAAAUUCCAUAUCCUGAGUGAAGGAAUUAUUGGCCAAGCCGCUUUCACAGGAAAGCAUCAAUGGAUUUUCUCCGACUCCCAUGAUAAAGGUUUGGAUUCCACCGGAAAUCAAAAUAUAUUUCAGGAUGAAUCUGAGGUACAAAACCAAUUUUCAUCUGGGAUCAAGACAAUUGCAAUAAUCCCUGUAGAAAGAAGGGGAGUGCUUCAGUUUGGAUCCACACAGAAGAUUUCAGAGAGAUGGGAAUUUUUGAAUGAAACAAAAAAUUUAUUUUAUGACCUGGGAAGUUGUCAUGGGCUUACCCCUUUGGAAAUUGAAACUUGCAAUCUAGAUGGAUUUUUUGCUUCCCUACCAUCAUGUGGAAAUAUUUACAAAGAGAAUCUGACAACUGAGCAAGGUGGCUGUUCUAGAGAGCAAAAAGGGUGGCCAUGUUCCUUAGAAAAUCUCACUGAAUCCUCCUGUUUUAGUGAGAUUCAAGACCAGAUUACGAACUCUGUGCAACAGAAUUUUUCUCAUCUCAGAAGUCAAUUGCUAACAAGUAGCAGAGAAGCUCAAAUUAUAUCAUCUGAUAAGUUCUUUCCUGUUAACUGCUUGGCUGCUGAUAUCCCUUGCAUUAGUACCUGGAGUAGUGAGGGUUCGAUUUUGACUUCAUUUGAGACAUCAUUGCCAUCUGAGAGGGGCAUGUGGGAUUCUCGAAAUAAGCUUCCUAAAAGGGCAAACAAUCUUGUACCUAGCGGAAAUACAGAACAAAAUUUACUGGAUGGUUCAACACUUACUUCAUUUUAUAGCAUGAGAGAACUGGUUGAUGCAGAAUUACCUACUCUAGACAGCUUUGGGAAAACAGAGGAGAAUCAAUAUUCUCUUGGCACUAACGAUGGACUUCUAAAUAGUGCAAUUAGCCUACAAAGAGUCACUGAGGAGUUGAACCCAGCUGACUUUACAACAGAUCUAUCCAGCUCCUUUACACUGGAUGAUCUCUCUCAGUGGUUUUCUCCUUCACCCCAGUAUAACAUCAAUGGUGCAGGAGAUGCAAUGACUAGUGGUCCUUCAUGUUCGAUAGGAGUUACCUCUGUGUCAUCCACUUUGAUAGGAGAUGAUACGGUAAUUGACAUUCCAGUGAGACAAGCUGCUAAUUCUUUGCAAAGCUCCAUCACUGAUACAUUGAUAUCUAAUGUAGAGAAAUCUACAAUUUUUCAUGAUAAUGGAAAUGAUCUGUUUAAUACCGUGGGACUGGAUUUGGGAUUUGGAAAAACUGGGGAGUUCUUCGAAGAUAUUAUGGUGCCAUUGUUGGUUGUUGAUAACUCGGCUGUUACUUCUGGAAUGUCAGAAUCUAUUUCGGAAUUGGAUGUUUCCUCCAAGACUGGCAAGCAAAAAGGGUUAUUCUCUGAACUUGGCCUUAAAGAGCUUUUAGAUGGUGUCAGUAAUUCUUCUUAUGUUACCGAAUCUAGUGUUGAGGAUCAAUUUCCCACUACUAAAAGGGGGAAAAUUGAAAGUUCUUCGUCUAAUUUUUGUCAAGAUCAGUUUGUGGGUCUGUCUUGCUCUGGUGGGAGCAUGAAUCUGGUGCAGUAUUCACGUAACUGGGACAAGAGUAAUAAUACUAUUUUCAACAAAGAGAUUCACCAAAAAUCACAAGUAGGUGGAUGGAUAGAUGAUAGCUACAGUGUAAAUGCUGGACAUGCCAUUGUUGCUACAUCAAAGAAGCCCACCAGGAAAAGGGCUAGACCUGGUGAAAGUACUCGACCAAGGCCCAAAGACCGUCAGCUGAUCCAAGACCGUAUCAAGGAGUUGAGAGGGAUUAUCCCUCAUAGUGGAAAGUUGAGCAUUGAUCAUUUAUUGGAGCGGACCAUCAAACACCUGCUUUUCUUGCAAGGCGUGACAAAAUAUGCAGACAAGAUUAAACAAGUUGAUGAACCAAAGCUUAUUGGCCAGGAGAAUGGAAUGCUUACAAAACACAACAAGAUGAGUGGUGGUGCGACAUGGGCAUUUGAAGUUGGGGCUCAGAGUAUCCCUAUUGUAGUUAAGGACCUAAAUCCACCUGGCCAAAUGCUUAUAGAGAUGCUCUGUGAAGAUCGAGGAUUCUUUCUUGAGAUAGUAGAUGUCAUUAGGGGCUUGGGGUUGAAUAUCUUGAAGGGGGUGAUGGAGCUUCAAGAAGACAAGAUAUGGGCACGAUUCAUUGUUGAGGCAAAUGAGCAAGUGGAAAGGACAAAUAUAAUUUGUUCUCUUCUCUUGCUUCUGCAGCAAACUGGCACCAGUGGGAUUGAUUAUGCCAGUCAGCCAAGCAGGGACAUGGAUGGUGGGAUUUCCCUCUUAAACAAUUUCCAACAACCUUUGCUGCUGCCUCCUGUCAGCAUGGCUGAGACACUUCAAUAAUUAGAACACACAUUUAAGGGUUCCAGAAGUACCUUGAGCAUUCACAUCUAAAGGAGGCCUGCAGUGAUUGGUGUUCUGGAAAUUGAAGAACCAAAACUGAAGAUAGAGUAGGUUCUCAAUUCCAUUUUCAACUGCCUUAGACACAAUGUACAUGGUUGAUAGACUAGGAAAUAUUCUCAAAGGAGUGGCAAGUUUCUGAAAAGGAAGGAGAGACUGUGGCCCUAUGGGAGGUGGAGCUCGCCAUCACAAGGAGCAAAGCCCUGAAAGAAACUUGUAUAGUCAUUGACGGGGACCAAUCUGGUUUGCAUGUGAGGGGGCUAACUGAUGGAUAUUGAACAAUAGUUCUUAGCUUUUAG